AUGGCACCUGUCAAUGUAGGCAACAUCUCACAGAUCAUCCGAUGGAUCUCUUUUGCUAUCGGGCUUCCUGCCAUUGGGUUUUCAAUUUACCUCAUGAGCAUGCAGGCAAAGACUGGGAAAGCUGGUCCUGUCUACCUCAUCAGUCUUCUUGCAUCCGACAUCCUCAACAUCUUUGGACGGCCAAAAGAAUCAACGAAUGAAUCUGAGCACGCAGUUACGAUGAAUACAGACAUAUCAUCUCUGAUAUUUUACUUCGGUAUAAUUUCCAACAUUGUGUUCAUGGUUUGCAUCGCUCAGGAGCGGUAUCUGCUGGUGACCUGUCCUCAAUAUAAUGCUUGCUGCAUGAAGCUUAAGCAGUCGAGCAUGAUUUCGUUGGCUGUUUGGGCGGCUCCGUUUGCCAUACUCUUCCUAGCCUACCAAAAAUAUUUUCUCCUGUUCUCCAUAGCACUUCUUCUCCCACUUCCACUCCAGGUGUUUUUCUGUUUGGAUUCAUUCAGAGCUUUAUGGUGUACGAAACAACCAGUGGCUGUGAGUAACAGGAAAAAGAUUUUGGCUAUGCAGGCUGUCAUCUUGAGCAACUACAGUAUCAUUUACUUGCCCUUUGUGCUGAAUAUAUUGCUGAAGACGUUGUCUUUAAGCUCUUACGUAUACUACCUGGGACUUAUCGCUGAUCUUCUCUUGUAUCUUGGACCACUUGUGGAUCCGUUUCUCUCGUUCUUUCUCACAAAUGGAGUGAGGGACAUUUUAAGGGCGUUCCCCUGCUGUUCGCGAAGAAACGUGCAGGAGGACACAGAUGCUGUGGACACAGAGACGGUGGAAACUGUGUCUGGUUCCUUAACUCGACUCUGA